UCCACCUAGUUUACCGGAAAAGUGGGCCCAACAUGGGUAAUUAACGCUUACAAGGCUCAAUCAUACUCGAAUCAAACAAGUUCCUAGUGGCAGUUUUUGCUUGGUUGAGCGGUUUCGUUUUACGGUAUGGAUCGCAUGUAAGCACGGCCUUCGGAUACCCAGCCUGCACAGACCGGCAUUCGGUGCUAACUGUGUGUGAUCAUUGUUUCGGAAUUGGCUAAGUUUGGUCACCAUCCGUGCAACUCUUCCAACAAGGAAAUACAACGAACAAAGAAAGCAUGGGUGACGCGGGCUGCGUACACUUUGCAUCCUACGUGAAAGAGUACGGGUACGAUUCGUACAGUGUGGUGCACGCAUACUUCAGCGCCUGCAUCAGCAAGGAGGCACGUCGUCGGAAGGCCCUGUCUUGUCUCUGUUACAAGUGUGGAAGUUCCGGCCCUCAGCUGUACUCCUGUCUGCACUGUAUUUACUUCGCUUGCAAAGGUGCGCACAUUAACGAGCACUACAAGCACACGAAACACUUCAUGGCGCUGGAGCUGUGCUACGGGAUGCUGUACUGCUACCAGUGUCGGGAUUUUAUCUACCACAGCAAAUGCCAGGCCAUCGCCGAACGGCACCUACGGCGGGAGGCUCGUAGCCUUGACAAAAGCCUUUCCUGGCGGCCCUGGAGCCCAUCGAGGCUGGAAAUCGAGCUGCUGCUGAAGAAUCCCAAGCGAAGGCACGUGACGGCUCUCACAAGCAUCGGAUUACGCGGUUUGCUAAAUCUAGGUUCGACCUGUUUCAUGAACUGUAUCGUGCAGGCACUGAUCCAUACGCCGCUGUUGCGCGAUUAUUUCCUCGCCGAGCUACACGAGUGCACGGCGAAAACGGCCGCCAAAUGUUUGGUGUGCGAAGUAUCCCGAUUGUUUCAGGAAUUUUACUCCGGGGCCCGUGGUCCGCUAUCGUUGCACCGGUUACUGCAUCUGAUAUGGAAUCACGCACGGCAUUUGGCCGGGUACGAGCAGCAAGACGCACACGAGUUCUUUAUCGCUACGCUGGACGUGUUGCACCGGCACUGCAAAAUAUCGAUGACGGAACUGGCUGCCAAUGCGGCCGCUGCGGCUGCUGCUGCAGCGGCUGCGGCGGCAAACGAUAAAUCGAAAUCAUCACAGGCAAACGCUCACCAACCGUCCCAAAAUGCACACAUUGGUACGAACUAUCUGGCACAGCAGGCUUCCCAGCAGGAACCACUGCAGCUGUUGUCGCAGUCCGGUCCGAAUUCGCUAGCGAUGUCGACGGCUGCUUCUCCUGCUGCAACAGCGGGCACAACCAUUGCCACCAACACGACAAACAGCGGCCAAACCCAACCUUCCGAUCCCAAUCCGACUCAGUGUAAUUGUAUUAUUGAUCAGAUUUUUACCGGUGGCUUGCAGAGCGAUGUAGUGUGCCAGGCAUGCAAAGGCGUUUCCACCACAAUCGACCCAUUCUGGGACAUAUCGCUCGAUCUAGGCGAAUCCUCGAACGGGCAGUCCCUGAUCGACUGUCUGGAGCGGUUCACCCGGGCGGAACAUCUUGGUUCGAGUGCAAAGAUCAAGUGUAACACAUGCAACAGCUAUCAGGAAUCGACCAAGCAACUGUCCAUGCGCACGCUACCAAUAGUGGCAAGUUUCCACCUGAAGCGCUUCGAACACUCUAGUCUGAUCGAUAAGAAAAUUUCCACCUUCAUCUCAUUCCCUGCGGAGCUGGACAUGACACCGUUUAUGUCGCAGAAAAAGUCUGAUCAGCAGCAGCAAUCACAUCUAUCACCGUCCUCACCGAAUUUUGCGGGCAGUGGAGCUAAUGGUUCUUCCGGCUCCUCCAUGACUGGCACAACCGGCGUCGUAACGACGUCUUCGUGCUUACAUAACGACGACAUCCGGAACCAGCCGUACCAGCACGAGGAUAGCGAUACGGCCGACUUUCGAUAUUCGCUGUACGCUGUCAUCAAUCACGUCGGCACGCUCGAUGCGGGUCACUACACGGCGUACGUGCGACACCAGAAAGACAUUUGGGUCAAGUGCGAUGACCACAUUAUAACCACUGCCACACUCAAGCAGGUCUUGGACAGCGAAGGAUAUCUUCUUUUCUACCACAAGAAAGUGCUGGAGUACGAGUGAACGAUCACGGUAUGCGGGAAGCGAGAAACAACGAUCCGACGGGAUAAUUCGAAUGCAAGAGCAAAACGGGUGGAUAACAUUACCGUAGUGACUGACGGAACACAUUAAGACUGGUUAAAAGGCACCCGUAAUACAUAGUAGAUAAAUGCGCGAAAGGAUCGUACCGUAGGGACAACGUUUUGGAUUGUUUUAUUCGAACGUUACUUAAUCGUAAGCACUAAGCCUUUUAGCCUCAUUGUCGCGAGAGUGAGGGAUACCCUGGAACGACAGGAGAAAAUC